AUGGAUAAGAGACUCGAGAAAUUGGAGCAGAUGCAAAAAGAAAUACAAGAACAAAUGCAGUCUCAGAUGCAAGAGCAACUAGCCAAGAUUCAGCGAGAGAUGAAAGAGCAAAUGAUGGAGUCCCAGAGGGAAAUGAUGAGUCAGUUAUCCCAGCUACUGUUAGAAGGAACGGAUAAGGGAAAGGGCCCUAUGAAUAAAGUUGAAGAAACUAACGAGGAUCCUCAAUACCCCCCUGGCUUCACUCCGAUGCAUGUUCAGGUCGGAGCUUCGGUACCGAUAAAUUUCCAAACCGGCUCAGGCUCUAAUUUUGUAAACAACCCGAACUAUCCGCCCAUUCCCGACUUGGAUGAAAUUGCCGAAGAGGAAAAGGCGAGGAUGGAUUUGCAAAAACAAUUGGAGGAACGAUGCAGAUGGCUCGAGGAAAAAUUCAAAGCCAUGGAAAGCGCGGAUCAGCAUCAAGGGAUUGAUGCCAAGGACCUGAGUUUGGUCCCAGAUUUAGUCCUUCCCACCAAAUUCAAAAUGCCCGAAUUUGAGAAAUACAAUGGAACGAGCUGCCCUGAAGCCCACAUUACUAUGUUCUGCAGGCGAAUGACGGGAUAUAUUAACAACGAUCAGUUAUUAAUCCAUUGCUUUCAAGAUAGUUUAGUCGGGGCGGCGUCUAAGUGGUACAACCAAUUAAGUCGCUCUAAGAUUAACUCGUGGAAGGGCCUGGCCCAGGCCUUUAUGAAGCAAUACAAUCACGUGACAGAUAUGACCCCUGACCGAAUGACGCUCCAGAAUAUGGAGAAGAAAUCGAGUGAAAGCUUCAGGCAGUACGCACAAAGAUGGAGGGAGGUGGCCAUACAAGUUCAGCCACCACUUCUAGAAAAGGAGACAACGAUGCUCUUUAUUAAUACCUUGAAGGCUCCUUUCAUCGCUCAUAUGUUGGGAAGCGCCACCAAGAGCUUCUCUGAUAUAGUAAUGACGGGAGAAAUGAUCGAAAAUGCUGUAAGGAACGGCAAGAUAGAAGCCGGAGAAGGUACCAGAAAGUCGGUCCCGAGGAAAAGAGAUAAUGAAGUGAACAACACGAGCACAUUUAGCAAAGGUCAGCCUAAGUCAUUCACCGUAAAUCAACCCAAGACGGUGACCACUAAUCAGCAAAGCUCUGUAAGACAAGAAUCCAACGCGAGGGAGAACAUAGAAAGACCACAAUUCACCCCUAUACCCAUGACGUAUAGGGAGUUGUACCAGAACCUGUUCAACGCUCAUGUGGUCUCCCCUUUCUACCUGAAGCCACUGCAGCCCCCGUAUCCCAAAUGGUAUGACGCGAACGCCCAAUGUGAGUACCACGCGGGAAUCAUUGGGCACUCUAUCGAAAAUUGCGCAGCGUUUAAAAAAUUAGUUGAAAGACUCAUUAAGAUGGGGAUCGUGAGAUUAGACGACCCAGCCACAUCUAAUAUAGCAGGAAACCCACUCCCUAAUCAUACCGACCCAGGAGUGAAUGAGAUAUGUGAAGGCUUGAACAAGAAGACCAAGUAUGAGGUUGCGGAAGUCAGGACUCCGUUGAGGCGAGUAUGGAUGGAGAUGGUCAAGAGAGGAUUGAUCGUGUUGGAUUCGAAGGAAGAACCUGAAGAAGAGAUAAACUACUGUGAGUUUCACAACGAAGUGGGGCAUGAAAUCCAAGAUUGCGUAGAGUUCAAGGCCCUGAUACAAGACAUGAUGGACAAUAAAGAAAUGGAAUUUUAUGAAGAAGCCAAAAAUCCCGUAGUAGGAGAUAUAUGCACAUCAGAGGGAGAAUCGGUGGCACAAAACCGAACACCUAACUAUCCUGUGGUGAUCAUUUCGAGACCCAAAAAUAAUAAAGCUGGAAUACAGAUGCCACCGAGGGUCAUAAUACAAAGACCUGCAGUCUUCCCUUACAAAGACAGCAAAAAGGUCCCAUGGAAUUAUGAUUGCAGUGUGACGACGCCGGGAAAGGAGAACCCAAUUAACGCUUCAAGAGGGGAUCAGGAUAAGGGAUCCUAUACACGUAGCGGGAGACAUUACGAUACGGUGAAUGAGGAAGCACAACUCAUAAAAGGAAAAGCCCAGAUGGUCGAGGAAAUGAAAAGAAAAGCAACCAAACCUGUUAACGAGCCAGUUAACGAAGAAGAGGCCAAGGAGUUUUUAAAAUUCCUAAAGCAUAGCGAAUACAGUGUGGUGGAACAGCUACGCAAACAACCAGCCCACAUUUCAGUGCUAGCCUUGCUUCUGGGCUCAGAAGUCCAUCGUAGCGCAUUAAUAAAGAUUUUGAAUGAAACGUAUGUUCCCAAUGAUAUCUCCGUUAACAAGUUGGACCGCUUGGUUAACAACAUCAGUGCUGAUAACUAUAUCUUCUUUAAUGACGAUGAGAUACCACCUGGGGGCAUGGGGUCGACUAAAGCUCUGCAUAUCACCACACGCUGUAAAGGGUAUACGCUGCCAGGCGUACUAAUUGACAAUGGAUCUGCCCUGAACGUCCUGCCAUUGACCACGCUGAACAGAUUACCUAUAGACAGCUCUCACAUGAAAGAGUGCCAGAACAUCGUGAAGGCAUUCGAUGGCACGGAGAGAAAGGUGAUGGGCAGAAUCGAGGUACCCCUUCAGAUUGGGCCAAACACAUAUGAAGUGGAUUUCCUUGUAAUGGACAUCAAACCCUCAUAUAAUUGCUUAUUGGGGAGGCCCUGGAUACAUUCAGCUGGGGCAGUGCCUUCCUCGUUGCAUCAAAAAUUGAAGCUGGUGUCAGAAGGAAGGUUAAUAACGAUUAAGGCUGAAGAAGAUAUUAUUGCAACUGUGAGCAAUAAUGCACCCUACUUGGAGACAGAUGACGAAACAAUCGAAUGCUCAUUUCGAUCUUUGGAAUUUGUUAAAGCAACGUUCAUCGCCGAGGGAAGCAAAAUUCUGGUGCCGAAAUUGUCCAAAACCACGAGGAUGAGCCUCCAGCUGACAUUUGGAAAAGGGGCCCUACCCGAAAAAGGACUUGGGAGACAUUUACAAGGAAGAACUGAAACGCCAAUGCUAAAAGACAAGAGAGAUCGCUUCGGCUUAGGAUAUAAGCCGGAUGCGAAACAAAGAAGAAGGGAGCUGGAAAAGAAGCAGGAAAGAAGGAGAGCUAGAUUAAUGGGGAAGGAAAUCAAGUGGGAACCAAUGAUAUUCCCCCAUAUAUCGAAAACAUUUAUGUCCGGGGGAAUCAUCCAUCCUGAAAGAGACACAUCAAUGAUGGGAGCCAUAGAAAAAAGCCUGGAAAGUUUAGACAUCAACGUCAUGUACGAGGAGGAGACCGGAAGAGAAAGUUUAUCCGACAUUGGCCCUUACACACCUGGAAGUGUUCUGGACAACUGGACUGCGGAAGAAAUCCCUAUACAAGAUGUGUGUAUGGAUGAUUCUCAAGAUUUAGAAGAUGACCAAGGCUGUAACCUAUCUCCUGAUUUGCUGAGGAUGGUAGAACAAGACGAGAAACAAAUCCUACCUCACAAAGAAUUAGUCAAAAUUGUGAGCUUAGGAGAAGGGCAAGAGGUGAAGAUCGGAACAUGUAUCACUACGGAGAUGAAGCAAGACCUCAUUGGAUUACUUCAAGAAUUCAAAGAUGUCUUCGCAUGGUCAUACCAAGAUAUGCCCGGAUUGGACACUGACAUCGUGGUGCAUCGACUCCCCAUAAAAGAAGAGUGUAAGCCAGUUCAGCAAAAGCUCCGAAGAAUGAGGCCCGAUGUCUUGCUAAAAAUAAAGGAAGAGGUCCGAAAGCAGUUUGACGCUGGAUUUUUAAAAACGGUAAGAUACUCAGAUUGGGUAGCCAACAUCGUCCCGGUCCCUAAGAAAGAUGGAAAAGUGCGAAUGUGUGUGGACUACAGAGAUUUGAAUAAAGCCAGCCCAAAAGACAAUUUCCCACUACCUCAUAUCGACACCCUAGUGGAUAAUACGGCGGGACAUUCACUUUUUUCGUUCAUGGACGGUUUCUCGGGAUACAACCAGAUCAAGAUGCAUCCUGAAGAUAUGGAAAAAACCACGUUUGUAACCAUGUGGGGCACGUUCUGUUACAAGGUGAUGCCGUUUGGACUGAAAAAUGCGGGGGCAACUUAUCAAAGAGCCAUGGUAACCCUUUUUCACGACAUGAUGCACAAAGAAAUUGAGGUCUAUGUUGAUGACAUGAUAGCUAAGUCCCGAACAGAGGAGGAGCACAUACAAGUCUUGAGAAAACUAUUCUUGAGGUUGAGGAAAUUCCGGCUAAAACUCAACCCAGCCAAAUGUACCUUCGGAGCUAAGUCUGGAAAGUUGCUCGGAUUCGUGGUUAGUGAGAAAGGGAUUGAGAUUGAUCCAGACAAAGUUAAAGCCAUACAAGAGUUAUCCCCGCCGCGCACUCAGAAAGAAGUUCGAGGCUUUCUAGGAAGGUUAAAUUACAUUGCUCGGUUCAUUUCACAACUGACCGAGAAAUGUGACCCUGUCUUUCGCCUUCUCAAGAAACGUAACCCAUGUGAAUGGGAUGAGCAAUGCCAAAGGGCUUUCGACAAGGUCAAACAGUACUUAUCCAACGCCCCAGUGCUGAUGCCACCUAAGCCCGAUAAGCCGUUGAUAUUGUACUUGGCGAUUUGAGAAUUCCAUGGGUGCGUGUUGGGUCAAGAUGACGAGUCGGAAGGAAAGAAAAGCCAUUUACUAUCUUAGUAAAAGUUCACGAAAUGUGAGACAAGGUACCCACCGAUAGAGAAGUUGUGUGGUGCCCUAAUUUGGACAACCCGAAGGCUGAGGCAGUAUAUGUUGUAUCACACCACUUGGCUCAUAUCGAAAUUGGACCCUUUAAAGUACAUGAUGGAGUCAACAGCCUUGAAUGGAAGGAUGGCCCGAUGGCAGAUUCUGCUUUCUGAAUUCGACAUAGUUUAUGUGAACCAGAAAGCAGUAAAAGGAAGUGCAAUAGCAGAUUUUCUAGCCAGUAGAGCUUUGAAAGACUACGAGCCACUAAACUUCGACUUUCCGAAUGAAGACCUAAUGUGUAUUGCUAUGGCUGAGGAAGAUGCUCUAGAAGAACUUCCUUGGAAAUUGAAUUUCGAUGGGGCAUCAAAUGCUGUGGGCAAUGGAAUCGGAGCCGUCUUGGUAUCCCCAAACGGAGAUCAUUAUCCAUUAACUAGUAAAUUGGAUUUUGAUUGUACCAACAAUAUGGCGGAAUAUGAAGCGUGCAUCAUGGGUAUCCGCGCAGCCAUAGAACGCAAGAUUAGAAUGCUAGAAGUGUAUGGGGAUUCCGCGCUAGUGAUUUAUCAACUCAAGGGAGAAUGGGAAACCAGAGACCCCAAGAUGAUCGACUAUCGAAAAUUGGUCCUUGAAUUGGUUAAAGAGUUUGAUGACAUUACCUUCCACUACCUUCCACGAAACGAAAAUCAGAUGGCUGAUGCUUUGGCUACUUUAGCCUCCAUGAUCAAGGUAAAUAAACAAGAAGAUGUCAAACCCAUUCGGAUGAGCAUUUAUGAAAUUCCAGCCCACUGUUACAAUAUUGAAGAAGUUGAAGAAAGAGAUGAUCACCCUUGGUAUCACGAUAUAUUGCAAUACGUGAAGAAUUGUGCAUACCCGGAUCGGGCGAGCGAGAAUGACAAAAGAACGCUGAGAAGACUGGCCAUCGACUAUGUCUUAGAUGGGGAUAUAUUAUACAAAAGAAGAAAGGAUCAAGUGCUACUAAGAUGUGUAGAUGCUGUAGAGGCUAAGAAAAUCUUGGAAGAAGUCCAUGAAGGCGUCUGUGGGACACAUGCUAACGGCUUUACAAUGGCCCGCAAAUUUGAGAUUCGGUACUAUUGGUCCACCAUGGAAGGAGAUCAGAUCAAUUACGCUAAGAGAUGUCAUAAGUGCCAAAUCUACGGAGACAAAAUUCAUGUGCCUCCUUCACCGCUGCAUGUCAUGGUCUCUCCAUGGCCAUUCUCUAUGUGGGGCAUGGAUGUGAUUGGACCGAUAUCGCCGAAAGCUUCCAAUGGGCAUCGUUUCAUCUUCGUGGUCAUCGACUACUUCACCAAGUGGGUAGAAGCCGCUUCGUAUGCUAGUGUGACCAAGUCGGCAGUGAGCAAGUUUCUGAAAAAGGAGAUUAUAUGUCGAUAUGGAAUGCCGGAGAGGAUUAUAUCUGACAAUGCAUUAAACUUGAACAAUAGUACGAUAGUAGAAGUCUGUAGUCAAUUCAAGAUCAGACAUCACAACUCGUCGCCAUAUCGCCCGAAGAUGAAUGGGGCAGUGGAAGCGGCUAAUAAAAACAUUAAGAAGAUUGUGGGAAAGAUGACCGAAACCUACAGAGACUGGCACGAGAAGUUACCAUUUGCCCUCUUUGCUUAUCGAACGUCAGUUAGAACUUCAACCGGGGUAACCCCUUUCUCCCUGGUCUACGGAAUGGAAGCAGUGUUGCCAAUCGAAGUCGAGAUCCCGUCUCUUCGAGUGUUGUCAGAGUUAAAGUUAGAAGAAGCCGAGUGGAUCCAGUCUCGAUAUGAUCAAUUGAACCUAAUUGAGGAAAAGAGGUUAAGAGCUAUCCGUCAUGGUCAGAUGUACCAAAAGCGAAUGAUACGGGCUUAUGACAAAAAGGUUCGCCCUAGAGAAUUCCACAAAGGAGACUUGGUUUUGAAAAAGAUCCUUCCCAUACAGAAGGACUUUCGAGGAAAAUGGAUGCCUAAUUGGGAAGGGCCUUACGUGGUGAAGAAAGCUUUCUCUGGAGGAGCACUGAUUCUAGCCGAGAUGGAUGGUAGAAACUUGCCCAAUCCUGUAAAUUCGGAUUCGGUCAAGAAGUAUUUCACCUGA